AACAUAAAGACGAGAGACAGAGAGUGCAUCAAGGUUCAGUGCAUUCGACUUCACAUCAAAGAAACAGAAAUGUUGUGCCUGAGGGAUUUCAUUGUGUUCAUCUCUGUUAUCGUCCUCAUCGUUCAGUCAAGUGAUGGCUCUGAGAUUAUUGGUGGGAAAGAGGUGCAGCCUCACUCACUGCCUUUCAUGGCUCUGCUGCAGAGACCGCUCUGUGGAGGGAUACUGAUCAGUCCAACAUGGGUCCUGACUGCUGCCCACUGUGCUGACAUUAAGGAGGUGUUGCUGGGUGUGCACUCCAUCAAAGAAAGUGAAACUGAGUCCAGGCAGGUCCGUGAGGUUGUGAGCCAUGUUCGCCAUCCCUGCUAUGACGCAGAAAACUAUGCAAAUGACCUCAUGCUGAUUAAGCUUGACAAACCAGUGUCACAGACCAAGACGGUGAAAUGUCUCAAUUUGGGUAAAACCGUCAGAGACCCAGCAGCUGGCACCAGCUGUCUGGUGGCUGGAUGGGGGAAAACAAACAACAUGGGCCGGAAAAUGUCUGAUGUGCUGAGGUCUGUCAAUGUGACUGUGAUUGACAGAGUGCUGUGCAACACUGGCGAAUAUUACAGCCUUAACCCUGUUAUCACCAGUGGCAUGAUAUGUGCUGGUUCAGAUGGUAAAAACGUGGCUGAUACCUGUGAGGGGGAUUCAGGAGGGCCACUGUUGUGCAAUGGAGAGCUAAUCGGAGUUACUUCUUUUGGACAGAAGUGUGGCCUGAUUAAAAAGCCAGGAGUGUACUCUUUUCUCUCACAAAAACAACUCAAGUGGAUCAAAAAGACUUUGGAUAAGUCUGAAAUAUAAUGAGCCCUCUCUGUUAAUUAUUAUGCAUAUGCUGUAUAAGAUUUAAAUUACAAAUCACUAGCCCAACCCAGCCCUUUGAUUCAUGAUAAUAUUUCACCACAGAGAAAGUCACUGCAGCUGCACAUAUGAAUUCAUAGAAGAAGUUGCUAUUGAGGAACUAUUACUAUUGGGUAGUGUUGUAACACAUUCAUGCAGGGGUGGUUUCCUCGAAUGUGACUUUUUUGAUUUCCUUUUUUCUUUGACAUUGUGUCGCUUUAAAUUGUUCAUUUUUUAUUAUUUUGACUGUGUACUUUUGACUUUGCUUGUUUAGCUUCCUCACUCCAGUUUCUGUAUCAAUGUAUCAGUUUCCCUUUUACAAAUAAAAGGAAAUAUAAUUUUUUA